AUGGAACUGUGUUGGUGUGUUAACAAUGCAACCAUCAGUGCAUCAACGACUCCACAAGAUGUCGGCAGCAGUGUGAUGUUGUCUCUUGACCCAACUGGCUUCCCAAGGACUGUUGUGGAGGUGCCUGGUGUUGUGAAAGUUGAACUCACCACCCCUGUUGAGGGAUUAAGGCGUAAAGGACGUAGAGCCAUCAUAACCGUUCCAGGCACAUAUGCUGGGAAACUGAAUGGGCUGUGUGGAGAUUUUGAUGGUGAUUCUGCUGACGAUGAAUCCCCCUGUUCUGGAGGCCCUCCUGCAGAUUGCUUUGUGGAUGACGGAAGUUGCGGAGCCUAGACUAGUAACACCACUACCCAGCAUAUAAGGCAAGUUGCAGUGGACAGGAGGAUUACAGACAAGAUCUUAGAAACUCUGCAAGUUCAGCAUGCUUGAUCAAAUUGGGUUUAAUCUUAUUAUGUUUUUAAUCUGUUGGAUCUACUGUCUUUAACCUAUUAAUAUGGUUAUUAUGCAUUUUUGUCUUGAGAUUUAAUUAGUCAGUUUUUAAGGACACUGAAUUGGACUUUUUAUAUUUUCACACCUAGAAAUGACAGAUGAAAUUAUUUUUAGCAAAAUUUCUGGCAAAGUGCCAAAUUUAAAGAAAUUGUUAUAGCUGGUAACUUAAAUGAUAACUGAAACUUUUAGAUAAUGUGCUGCUAUAUAGUAUUACCAUUUUUAUCAUGCAAGUUAUAUGUACAUUUACAUACCAUAAAGGCUUAAAUGUAAUAAGAUUGGAAAUAUUUAACAAAUUAAUUUGGCUAACAUGCAUUUUUCUUUAAAUUGUUAAUUUUCUUACCAAGUGAUCAUCAUGUACAUGUUUGAACCUAAAAGAAAAGUCAAUCCUUUUAUGUAAUUCAAAGUUAACUUUUGCAAGGCCCCUUUGAAAACUAGUGAUGAUACUUUAGAAUACUUAAUGCAUAUACCACCACUGCAAUGUCUUGGGUAGUUGACAGUACAGAAUUGCUGUUUACAUUUCAUGGGAUUUACUGUGUUUUUGGAUAUUUUAUUGUAGUAGUUUGAGAAGAUAUUGUAAAAAAUAUCAUGUUAAUUGGGAGGCUUUUUUAUCUUUAAUUGUGUGUUAUAGUGUGGUAAUCUGGGAAUAUGUUAAACUAUCAUGUUCGUUAGGGGGUUCUUGUUUCUUAACUUUAAUGUUUUGGUAGAAUAUUUCAAAAUUGUAAUAUGGGAGGAUAUUAUUAAUAUUUAGAUUUAAAUUCGGGGGUUCUUGUUUCUUAACUUUCAUGUUUUGGUAGAAUAUUUCAAAAUUGUAAUCUGGGAAGAUAUUAUUAAUAUUCAGAGAUAAUUGGGGGGUUCUUUUCAUUUUAAGUGGAUGUUUUAGAAUGUUUUAGUGCAGUAAUCUGGGACAUUGUUGUAAAAUUUUUAUGUCAAUUGGGUUCUUUGGCAUUAAUUUUGUUUGGGAAUAUUUUAGUGUUGUAAUCUAUGGCAAUAUUGUGAAAAUAUGGAAAUAA